AUAGAAUAUUAUGUCAGAAGGCAUAUAUACAGAGACUUUAAAGGAUAAGUUUACUCUUUCUCCUUUUGAAAAAUAUAAUAAAUACGGCAGAUUUCCUUUUAAGUUUCUUAUCUCUUGUGCGUUAGUUUUCCUUUCCACUUUAUAAGUAAUUUUGAUCUCAGAGCAUUACACAUAUAAUAAUUCUGGACAAAUAACCUAAUUCGGUAUUGAAUUCAAUCUUUAUUGAUUAAUAGUGGCAUUAUUAUUAAAUGCAGAUGAACCUAUGAAUAAUAAGAAAACUUUACUUACUAUCGAUGACUUUUAAGAAUCCUUGAACAAUACACUUAAUAAUUUGGCUAAUAUUGAUGAUAUCACAGUUUAGAAAACUACUAUAUUAGGUAAUACAUUCUUUUAAAUUAAUUUUAACUAUCCUUAUGAAGCCUACAGGUAUGAUUAUAAUUUUGUGAGAAAUCUUACUUUAGGCGAACCAUUACUUGAUCCAUUCAAUUUAGAAGAUGAUGAUUAAAUUCGUGAUUUUUGGACAAAUGCUUAUGAAUUAACACUAACAAUUAAUUAAGUAAAAGUUGAAUCAUAAUAACGAUCUGCUUGUUGGGAUAUAUAUAUUAUUUAUUAAUUUAUAAACUAUGGAUAUAUUGAUGCCACUAUUACAUCUAUUGGUGGAAUUUGUUAAGAGAAUAGAGAAGAUGAAGGACAUGGAUCUGCUUUUAAUAGUACUGCUGUGAGAAUAGAUAAUUUACUCUUAUAAUUGAGUAUUAUUCUCUUGGCAUUUAUUGACAUUUGUUUAGGAGUUAAAUAUAUUUAUGAAGUUAUUGAAAUGUAUACCAAUAAUAUUUCUAAAUUGAAAAAAUAACGAAAACUAAAAGUUCCAGAAUAUAAAUUAUAUAAAAAUCAAAACCUUACAACUUUAAAAAUUAUAUUAACUGAAUAAAAGCCUUGGGAGUAAUUAACAAUUAAAGAGAAAUUAUUAUUUUUUGAUUUAUUUUUACCUAUAAGAAUUUUAGGAAAUAUCAUUCAACUAAUAUCUGCUGGUAUAUUAAUAUCAGAAACAUUUAUAAGAGUAGAUGGUUUAUCAUAAUAUGAUGAGUUAAUGGCUGGACUUGGUUGUUUUUUUGCUUGGUUUUCAAUAGUUAAAUAUUUGGAUUAUUAUGAAGAAUUGCACUUAAUAGCAUCAGUAUUAGAAUCAUCUAUAAUUCCAGUCUGUAUGGCAAUAUUAAAUUUUUUACCAGUUUUUUUAGGAUAUGCAUUAUUGGGAAUGUGUUUAUUUUCAGAUUCUCAUUAAUUUGUAAGUUUGUCUUCUUCAAUAAAUGCAUUAUUUUCAUUAAUUUAUGGAGAUUCAAUUUCAGAUGUAGCUCGUGAUAGUUCAAGAGGUGUAAGUUUAGAAUUAUCAUUGAUUUACAUAGUUACAUAUAUUUUGUUGUUCUUAUUUGCAGUUCACAAUAUAAUGGUAGCCUUAAUAAAAGAGUAAUUAGAAAUUCGUAAAGAUUUAAUAUUUUAAGAGAAGGAGUUGAUGAAUUAGCUAGAUUUGAGUAAUAAUCAUUAGUAUUAAAUGUAUUUGACAUAGAAAAUGAAAUAGACAACAGCAAUGAAUCGUAGUGUAAUGAAAGAAGAUUUUGGUUCAAUGUUGCAAUCUUAAGCAGGAAAUAAUUAAUAAUAAUAGAUAAAUAAAUAGAUAUCAUUGAAAUCAAUAACAAAAUUGGCUAUGUUAUAGAAACAAAAGUCAGUGGAUAUAUCAAAAUAGGAUAUGGAGAAUAAUUGGAAAUAAAUUUGUAAGGAGGAGAUGUAGAAUCAUUAUAUAUAUAAUAUUUUGAUAUCAACAAUAAAAGAGACUAAGAAUAUAUUAAGUAAUGUUGAGUUAGAAUUAUGGAGUGAUAUUGAUUCAAGUCCAUUUACAGUGAUUGAUAAGAAAGAGAUAAUUACACUUUAUUGUUCUUAAUUGAUAAAGAAACAUUAGAAAAUGAUUAGUAUUUUUAAUAAAACAAAGUAGAUAAGCUAAAAAUUGAAAUAAUGA